AUGGCUGCCCCCUACGAGCACUCCAAUGGCGAUGGCCUCCAACGCAAGAUCAGCUUAACCGGCAAGGGCGCCGACAAGUCUUCGCUGCCUGAGGAUGCUGUCGGAUCGGCCGACGCCGUGCUCGAGGCCAUGGGCUAUGCGCCCGAGCUGUCCAGGAACCGGUCGACGAUGCAGGUCGCAUUCAUGUCCUUCGUGCUGGCCGCGAUUCCCUACGGUUUGGCCACCACCAUGUACUAUCCGCUGGUCGGCGGUGGCCCGGCCAACAUCGUCUGGGGCUGGGUCGGCGUGUCCUUCAUCAUUCUCUGCGUCGCCGCGUCCCUGGGCGAGAUUACGAGUGUCUACCCCACUGCUGGAGGCGUCUACUAUCAGACAUUCAUGCUUGCACCCCCCAGCUACCGCCGCCUGGCCAGUUGGACUUGCGGCUGGCUAUACGUCGUCGGCAACAUCACCAUCACCCUCGCCGUGAACUUCGGCACCACGCUCUUCUUCAUCUCGUGCAUCAACAUCUUUGAGACGGAGCCCGGCGUCGGUAUCUGGGAGGCCACCACCUGGCAGACCUUCCUGACCUUCCUUGCCAUCACCUUCGUGGCCAACGCCACCUCCUCGCUGGGCAACCGCUACCUGCCGUACAUCGACACUGCUGCCAUCUACUGGACGUUUGCCGGCGUGCUGGCCAUCAUCAUCACCGUGCUGGCGCGCGCCAAGGGUGGCCGCCGCAGCGCUGAGUGGGUCUUCGGUGACUUCGAGCCUCAGUCGGGCUGGCCGGCAGGAUGGUCGUUCUGCGUCGGUCUGCUGCAGGCAGCGUACGCGACCUCGUCCACUGGCAUGAUCAUCUCGAUGUGUGAGGAAGUGCAACACCCUGCUACCCAGGUUCCCAAGGCCAUGGUCGGCACCAUUGUGCUCAACACUUUCGCCGGCCUGCUCUUCCUGCUGCCGCUGCUCUUCGUGAUGCCCGACCUGACCGAGCUGAUCAACCUUGCGUCGGGCCAGCCCGUGCCUGCCAUCAUCAAGGCGGCCGUGGGCAACGACGUGGGCGCCUUCAUCCUGACGAUCCCGCUGUUCAUACUGGCCCUGAUUUGCGGUAUCGGCUGCACCACUGCUACCUCGCGCUGCACCUGGGCGUUCGCCCGUGAUGGUGCCAUCCCCGGUGCUAAGUGGUGGAAGACGGUCAACCACAAGAUGGACGUGCCCUUCAACGCCAUGAUGCUCAGCAUGGUGGUCCAGAUCAUCCUCGGCGUCAUCUACUUCGGCUCGACCGCCGCCUUCAACGCCUUCUCUGGCGUCGGUGUCAUCUGCCUGACGGCCUCAUAUGCCGUGCCUAUUGCCGUCUCCCUGGCCGGCGGCCGCACCCACAUCGCCGAGGGCAGCUUCCACCUCGGCAAGCUGGGUGUUUUCUGCAACAUCGUCUCUCUCUGCUGGUCGCUGCUCGCCAUCCCGCUGUUCUGCAUGCCCACCACGAUCCCCGUUGCUGCCGAAACGAUGAACUAUGCGUCGGUUGUGUUCUUCGCCUUCGUCAUGCUGUCUCUGGGCUGGUACGUCGUCUGGGGCCACCGCAACUACCAGGGCCCCCCCACCGUCGACUGA